AUGGCUGCCAAGCGUGGUCUUAUCAUCAUGUCCCCAAAGGGUGCCGAGGAGAUGGAGGUGAUCAUCACCGGAGACGUUUUGGAGCGCGGCGGAAUCCACGUGGAUUAUGCCGGAUUGACAGGAGCUGAGCCGGUCGAGUGCGCUCGCAAAGCACGAAUCGUACCUUCCAUCGCCUUCGACGAUGCCCAAAAUAAGGAAUAUGACAUUGUCAUUCUGCCAGGUGGACAACCAGGAAGCAACACUCUCGCUGAGACCCCUAAAGUAGGUGACCUGCUCAAGAAACAAGCGGACGCUGGAAAGUGGAUCGGAGCUAUUUGUGCAGCUCCGAUCGCUUUGUUGAGCCACGGAAUCAAGACCGAAGUGCUCACCAGCCACCCGAGUGUCAAGGAUCAAUUGGUGAAGGGAGGAUACACCUAUUCGGAAGAUCGUGUCGUUGUCAGUGGAAAAGUGAUCACUUCUCGUGGUCCUGGAACCGCUUUUGAGUUUGCACUGAAGAUUGUGGAGCUUCUAGAGGGAACUGAGAAGGCCAAUAGCCUCAUUGAACCAAUGCUUUUGAAAAUUUAA